ACUCUACCUGAACGACUUAAUUGCAUUAUCUUGUUAAAUUUAAGAGUUUUUUAUAUAUUUUUAAACAAAAAGUACUCUUUUGAAAUAUGUAACAGCAAGAGUCACUUUUCUGAAUGGCUUAGUAAAAGUAACUUCAAUUAUGGGCAAUAAAUCUUCUCUUAUGUUGCAACCCGAGGAGAUAGCGGAGAUACACCAUGAAACUGGGUUUUCUCCUAGCCAAAUUGAAAGACUCUAUAGCAGAUUUACAAGUUUAGACAAGACAGAUAAUGGCACAUUGAGUCGAGAAGAUUUUCUACGAAUACCUGAAUUGGCUAUAAAUCCAUUGGGAGAUCGCAUUGUGCAUGCCUUUUUCAAUGAGGCAUAUGAUGACAGGAUUAAUUUCCGUCAGUUUAUGAGAGUUCUUUCCCGAUUCCGUCCUGUGAAGAAAAACAAAGAAAACAAGCUGAAUAGCCGUGAAGAAAAACUGCGUUUUGCUUUCAAGAUGUAUGAUCUGGAUGAUGACAAUAAAAUUUCCAGAGAUGAAUUGUUAGCUGUAUUGCACAUGAUGGUUGGAGCUAAUAUUUCUGAAGAACAAUUGGCGAACAUUGCUGACAGAACCAUAUUGGAAGCAGACAGUGAUGGAGAUCACAUGAUCUCAUUUGAAGAGUUUUGUGCAACUUUGGAGAGAACAGACGUGGAAGAGAAAAUGAGCAUCAGAUUUCUUCAUUGAUCUGAAUCUUUGUUUUUCUACAUUGAAAUCAUUUAUUUUAUAUACACAGAUGUAAUCAAAUUAUGUAUGGCUUAAAAAAUCAGUAUUUGUAUAACACAUUCCUAUGCAUAAAUAUAUGUAUAUGAGAUCUAUAAAAUUUGUCAUCCUGUAUAUACAGAGUCUUCAAAAUGCAAGUUAAAAGAGCUUUAUUGAGUGAAAAUGCUAUGUUUCAAAUAAUGUCAAUUUUCUUUACGGAUACUUUUACUUUUAUGUCACAUUAUUUUGCAGAUAUAAUUUUAACUUUUUUUUUUGCUAUUAAUCUCUUGUUAUGUGAAUAUAUGAAAUUAAUGAGGAGUUUGCAUUAAUUGUUCUGUUUUUGUUCUAUGCCAAGGAAUUGCAAAAAAAUUAAUAAAAAUCAUUAUGGAUUAUUUUUUGAUCGAUACUUGUUUUCUUUAAAAGUGUCAAUUUCUAUAAGAUGUUUCUUGUGUUUCUUUCAAAUAUUUCAAACAAUAUAAAUUUUCUUUAAGAAUGCUCUUACUUUUAAAUCAUUUUAUUCUACAGAUGUGUAUUUAAAUUAAGUUUAUUUUGUUUUUAAUCUCUUUUUUAGAUGAAGAUAUAAAAAUCAAUACUUAUUUCCUUUAAAAAGUGUUGAUUUCUCUAAGAUAUUUCUUGUUUCUUUUAAUCCUUUUUUAGAUGAAGAUAUAAAAAUCUAUACUUAUUUCCUUAAAAAGUGUCGAUUUCUUUUUUCCUCGUCUUUAUUUUACUUUUAAUUCCUUUUUAGAUGAAGAUAUAAACAUUGAUACUUAUUUUCUUUAAAAAGUGUUGAUUUCUUAAAAGAUAUUUCUUGUUUCUUUUAAUCCCUUUUUAGAUGAAGAUAGAGAAAUCGAUGCUUAUUUACUUUAAAAGUGUUGAUUUCUUUUAGAUCUUGUUUUCCUUCAAAUGUUUCAAGCACUAUCAAUUUUCUUUAAGAAUGUUCUUUUAAAUCAUUUUAUUCUAUAAUUUUGUAGAAAUAAAUUAAGUUUAUUUUGCUUUUAAUUCCGUUUUAGAAGAAGAAAUAAAACUAAUGUUUGUUUAAAUGGUUUUGCUUUUUAUUUUUGUUGUGUCGGCUAGUAACUGCAAUUCUGAAUUUCUGUCUGAUCAAUACUUGUCUUCUUUAAUAGUAUUAAGUUGCAUUCUUUGAAAGAAAUGUGUAAAAACUUAAUCAGUAUGCAAUGCUGUCGCAAAAUUAACAAAAGUUACGAAAAGCGGAGCUAAGUGUUUACUUUUGUAUAGAAAGUGUUAAAAAAAAGGGUAUUUAUUAUUCUAUCACUGUAACAACUUUUAAAUCCGGAUUGUCAAAAUUGUUCAUUUUUCUUUCUACGUAUGUUUUAUUUAAAAAUGUUAAAUUGCUUUGUCUUUUUUUUUUCUAUCAGACAUAUAGUGAUUUAGAAGCUUAAUUUGUUUUCGAUUAUUUGCCGAGUGCAGUUUUACAACUAAAAUGAGUAUAAAUAGUCGCUUGAUAUUUGUAUUUCAUCGUCAAAAAGUUGCCUAAAAAAGCUUAAUUGUGAUGGAUGUUAGAUUCAUAAAGUUAUAAUGUAAAAAGCUAUUUGUUUAUAUUUUUAUAGAGGCAUUAAAUGUGUUGUUACUAUUGAUAGAAAUGGAAAGCUGUAAUUGUAAUUUCCAUAGGGUGAAAAUAACUUGCUAACUAUUUUUUAUCCUUUACUGAUUGUAAUGCUUUUAAAUGCCUUCCUAAAAGACUUCAAUUACCUUUUGAUCUUUACCAAGGCUUAGAAGUGAUUGAAAAAGGUCUUCAACUAGAACUUUAUAAAAUGUGCCUGUAAAAUGUUUUUUUUUUUAAUUUUUUUCCAAUUCUUUCUUUUUGUGUUAAUAUUGAUUGGUUCAUUUUACAAAUUUUAAUAGUAUUAUGAGGCAGAGCAGAAAUUUUGAGCUUGCUAUUAGUUGCAAGAAAUAGUUUUAAAUUGUGGCAAUUAUUGUACGUGACACGACAUGUCAGUUGUAUUUCUUAGACCAUACAAUGCUACUAGUACCUUUACUCUUAAAAUCUUUUAACACCUUAUAAGUAAUUUUAAGGAGUUAAAAUAAGCUAGAAAAAAAUCAUUUAGAUUAUUUAAUAUUAUUUAACACAUGUUGUAAAAUGUACCUGUAUCACUUAGCAAAUAGUAGAUUUUUUUUUUGUUAUAAUGGUUGUUUUAAUUAAUAGUUUUCUCGUAGUUUGCUUUUGUAAGCAAUAUAUUGAACUGUUUUAUAAUACACUAAUUAAAGUUAUUAAUGCGGGGUGCGUAGCGUUUU